AUGCGUAGGGCGGAGUUAAAAAUACGUGAAGUGGCGGAGAAAGACAAGUCUCGAUUAAAUAAUACUCGUAUUAUGGUUAGUGACAGCCUAAAAGAAAAAUGCUUCCGAGCCACAGGAACCAUAAGGGAAAAUCGAUCACCCAAGUGUCCCACCAAGUCAUCCAAAGAACUCGAGAAGGAACCGAGAGGGGCCUAUGACUGGCACUUUGACAGUAGCCAAAAAAUUCUUGUAGUCAAAUGGAAUGAUAGCAGGUGCGUUUCGGUGGCAACCAACUUUGAUACACUUUUACCAACCACUAUUGUACAAAGGUGGAACAAAGAAGAAGGUGGUCGUGUUCCAGUUGCACAACCUCUUUUGAUUGCCAAGGGCAAUAAGCAUAUGGGAGGGGUGGACCACCAUGAUUGA